CGAAGAUAAAUUCAUAGUAAAAAGAUUUCAUCACCAAUUAGUCUAUUGUAACCAAACUAACCUCAAAAAUGUCUGAAGAAACAAAUUCAAACAAAACAAUUAAAAUCGAACCGAUCGAUGAUUAUCCUCAAGUAAAACAGGAAUUUGAUGAUUAUGAAAAUACAUCAGACUUGUGUAUGUACAAUGAUGAUAUAUGUCUACAGCAAUUUCUUAAAUCUGAAGUUACAAUUGAUGAGGAAAUAAAACAAGAAACGUUUGAUGAGCAAGAUGCUUCGGCUAAUACAAACCAAAGGGUUUUAGAUGAAAAACAUUACAAAUGUAACGAAGAGAUCACUAAUUCAAGUAAUUUAAUGGAUAGCACGAACAAAUCAAUUGAAAGAGUUUCAGAAAAACGUAAGACAACUAGUAAGUUGAAGCGCUAUGAAUGUGAAAUAUGCCAUAAAUCAUUCGUAACAAAACAAAACUUAAAACAACACGGAAUAAUCCAUACUGGGGAACGGCCUCAUGAGUGCAAAAUAUGCAAUAAAAGAUUUACACAGUCAAAUAAUUUAAGAAAGCAUUCAUCAGUGCAUAAUGAAGAACGACCUUAUUUUUGUAAAAUAUGCCAUGAGGAAUUCAAAGGAAAACAAAACUUAAACCAACACAAAAUGAUCCAUAUUAAAAAACGACCUUAUAAUUGUGUAACAUGCAAUAAAAUAUUCACAAGAAAAUACAUCUUAACCCGACAUGAAAUGAUCCAUACUGGACAACGGCCUUAUGAAUGCAUAAUAUGCAAUAAGAGAUUUUCAGAGUCAGGUAAUUUAAGACAGCAUUUAUCUGUGCAUAUUGGUGAACGACCUUAUAAUUGUGAAAUAUGUAAUAAAACAUUCAAAACGAAAAGCAUUUUAAAUCAACAUAAACUGGUCCAUACUGGGAAAUAGUCUGAUGAAUGCAUAAUAUGCAAUAAGAGGUUUCACAGUCAGGUGGUUUAAGUCGGCAUUUAUCAAUGCAUACAGACGAAUGACCUUAUAGUUGUAAUUGUGAAUUAUGCAAUAAAACAUUAGCAAGAAAACGAGCAUUAAUCGUACAUGAAAGAGUACACACUGAAAAAAACAAAAAACCCAAUCAACAAGACUUUUGAAUUGACCAUUAAACUCAUCACUGAAUUUAUAUUUAUCAGGGUACUAAUUGCAAUUUAUGUAUUAUAUAA